AUGGCACCCAAACCCAAGUCCUUUCUACGCCGUCUUGGUUACAUUGAGUUGUACCAAUCAGGCAUGCACGAUGUCAAUCACUACUGCAGCACCAUCACAACAUGCCGCUACACCCUUCCACCUUCAUUAGUCGGAUGCAACAAACACGCGGAGGUAGCGAAAACCUUCGAUGCGGCAGUUGCGCAAACUGUAAUUCAAUUCCCCAUGCUCCAAGUCGGCCUCGUCGGUGAAGGCACGAGAAAGCCUGCUUGGGUAUCGCUCCCGUCUGUGAAUUUGGCCGCCCACAUAAUAUGGGAUGUCCGAGCUGACUCGACCAACUACGAUGAAGAGUUCGAGGCCAACUUGGGAUAUCAGCUAGACGCCAAGUUUGAGCAUCUCGAAACUCAGCCAGGUUGGAGACUGCUCUUGAUGCGCCCACAGACAGGUAACUUUGUUGAUGCCAUGUUUGUCUGGAAUCACACAAACACGGAUGGCGUGGGCAGCAAGAUCUUUCACCAAACCCUCCUCAAGCACUUGUCCGAACCUUCCACUACCACUCCUCUCAUCGGAACCUCAAGGGUCAUGACAACAGCCGUGUCCAAAGAGAGAUUUCCCCAGCCACAGGAAAAGCUGGCCAAACAUCGAGUCACAGUCGGCUUUGCCUUUUCUGAGAUUUGGCACAACUUUGGCCCUUCUGCUUUCCUUUCGUCAACAGCAAAGGCGAGAUGGGCACCUAUUCGCGCGACACCAUAUAUCACGCGCAGCAAGUGUAUCAACAUCAAUCCUGUCGUUUUGAAACGACUCCUCAGCCUCUGUCGCGAGCAUGAAACUACCCUGACUGGUCUUCUUCACGGAAUCGUACUGGCUUGUCUAUCCGUGGAUCUAUCAGAGGGUGCAGCCGAUGCUUUCAACGUUAUCACAGCGAUGGACCAGCGCAGGUUCAUACUCGAAGAGGACCGUCCAUCCAAAUUUGCUGAGUUGAACCCAGAGAACAGUAUACAAAACUGCGUUGCCUCAAUCUACCACACGUUUGGUAGAGAGAUUGUCAGCGAUAUCCGAGCACAAGCACGUAUCAACAACUGGGCUCCCCAACCUAUCCAUUCUCUUGAGCCAGAAAUUUGGAAGGCAGCCAAGAUAAUCCGCAACGAUGUUCAAGAGAGACUCGACCUCGGUUUGACCAACAGCGUCGUGGGUUUGAUGAAGCUCGUGACAGACUGGCAGGAGUACCACAGGGAUACACUUAAGAAGCCACGCGAGCUAUCAUGGAUCGUCACAAACAUCGGAGUCAUGGACAGUCAGCCUAAAAAUGGUGGUGGUGGCUGGUCACUUCAAAAAGCCAGGUUUUCUUUGUGUGCGGAUGUCGCUGGCCCGGCUAUGCAGAUCGGUAUGGCUUCUGUAAAAGGAGGAGGUCUCGACAUCGAUCUGACAUGGCAGGAUUUGGACGAGCUUAAUGACGUCGGCAUUCGAUUGGCACAGGACAUGGAAGGUUGGCUGUUGCAUCUGGGUUCUUGA